CAUCAACGCUCGUCAACUCUUCAUUUUUGGCAUCAGCGCCACGCCACUACCUCUCACAUGGGACCGCGCUCUUGUCUCUGAUGGCAGACCCUUUAAGUGCUACUGCGUCGGUAGUAGCUCUUGUUACAGUUACGGUCCAGUCAGUCAAGUCGCUCCAUGACACCGUCGCACGCUUCAAAGGUCGGGACAAGACUUUACAGAGGCUUCAGGAUGAGCUCCAGGGAAUCAUCACCGUCCUGUUAUCUCUGAAAGAAGUGGCUCACACAGAAGCGUCUAUAUCUAAACUUCUCCAAGGGCCUAUCGAUCGAUGCAGCGAAGUAUGCCAAGAAUUUAAACAGUCAAUGGAGUCUUUCGGUCAGAAGACUAAAGCUAGCUUUCGCGACUGGGCAAAGCUGGAAUUCAUGAGGGGCGACAUAAACGAGUUCAUUGACACGAUAUCUGGGUACAAAUCCACUAUCGCAGUUGGUUUGGGCACAAUCACUAUGUAUGUUAGUGCUAAGGUUUCCCAGCAGGCGCUCGAGGAGUAUAACGAGAUGAUACAGGACACAGUGUAUGACCUCAAUGUUCGUUUAAAGCGUGUCGAUGAGAAAUUGGAAGGCUAUUCGAACUCGAACAUCUCCGCUCCAGACAUCAACCUUGACGACGAAAAAGAGGUUACUCAGAUGUGUCUCCGUAUUUGCGAAGAUGCGAAGCUAUUCCUCGAAUCCCUAAAUCAACAAUCGACUGUUUUACAGGACGGGAAAGACGCUACAGGGACCGAUGAGCAGCACAGCUUCGAGGCACAGCUGCUUACGAGCCAAGCUCUAGGCAGGAAUCGAGACAACUUUGUAAGCAUCAUCGGUCAUCUCCAGGACCGCCUACAAGCUUUGAUCCUCAACGACAAUCCGAAGAAUGACAAGGAGAGAAAGCGCCUGCUCGAAGACAUCAAUGUUUCUAAGCAGUGCUUGGAAGUAUGUAAGGUGGCAAGCGAAGCUUCGUCUCAAAAGAUCUACAGGGUGGGGGAGGUUGUAGCUGACGGUGACAGCGAUCAAGUGGUGGCGAAUACUUUGGCUGAUCUGUUUGAUGUCAAGAAAGCCAUAUCUAAGGAUCAUUCAGCACAACUGGUCGGCUCCAUGUCAGGGGAGGACCUCCGGUUCUUGGCGGAGAAACGUUACGAAAGUCGCUUUGGAGCCUUUGCUCCCAAGUCCAAUCCUGCCGUUCGCCCAGGUCAAAGUGUCGACACGGAACAAGAGACUAAGUCGACUCCACGUCAGACUAGCCCUUCAUCUUACACGCAAUUGAGACCUAAGGGAGAGAAGCCAUCUUCGAACGAGAUAAGGAAACGGAUAGACUAA